CCUUUUUUCUCUUACCGGACCCACCUUUCCGCCAUCUUCCGACGAAAUUGAUAAUUGUUAAUUUUUUUAGUUGGCGCCGAAACAUUGACAGCUUCUUCUUAUUCUACCCACAACAUAUCCUAAAAAGCCUCAAAGCUUCAACACCCUCCCCGCCAAUAUAUCCUCAAUUGGGUAUCUUCUGUGAACGACUUCAAAUUUUUGUCGUCGCUGUUUUAAAUCUCCACUCAUCCUAAUUCCAUUUUUCUAAUAUCCUCACGUUCAUUCAGCAUUCAAGAUGUCUGCAGCACCCGCCGAGAAGACCGCCCCUCUUAGCGGUCUUGCCCUCUACUCCAGAUUCGCCCUUGCCGGUGCCGUCUGCUGUUCCGUCACCCACGGUGGUCUUACUCCCGUCGAUGUCGUCAAGACCAGAAUCCAGCUCGACCCUGUUACCUACAACCGAGGUCUCAUCGGUGGUUUCCGCCAAGUGAUCGCCAAGGAGGGUGCUGGUGCCCUUCUAACCGGUGCCGGCCCUACCUUCGCCGGUUACUUCCUCCAGGGCGCUUUCAAGUUCGGUGGAUAUGAGUUCUUCAAGCAACAAGCCAUCAACCUAGUUGGUCUCGAGAAUGCCUCGCAAUACCGAACAGGCGUUUACCUCGUCUCGUCCGCCUUCGCCGAGUUCUUUGCCGAUAUUGCCCUCUGCCCCCUUGAGGCUACCCGUAUCCGUCUCGUCUCUGAGCCUACAUAUGCUAGCGGUCUUGUGAGCGGCUUCAGCAAGAUCCUGAAGCAGGAGGGUGUUGGUGCCUUCUACGCCGGUUUCGGUCCUAUCCUGUUCAAGCAGGUUCCUUACACCAUGGCCAAGUUCGUUGUCUACGAGAAGGUUGCUGAAGCUGUAUACCAACAAUACCCCAAGAAGGACAUGUCCGACGGUGCGCAAACUGUCGUCAACUUGGGAUCUGGUCUGAUUGCCGGUUUCGCCGCUGCUAUCGUCUCUCAACCCGCAGACACGAUGCUUUCCAAGAUCAACAAGACCAAGGGUCUCCCCGGUGAGAGCACCACCAGCCGUCUUAUCAAGAUCGCAAAGGAGCUCGGUUUCCGUGGAUCCUACAGCGGUAUCGGUGCCCGUCUCUUCAUGGUUGGAACUUUGACUGCUGGCCAGUUCGCCAUCUACGGUGAUAUCAAGAAGGCCCUCGGUGCUACCGGUGGUGUAGAGAUUUCCAAAUAAGCGGGGUUCGAUCGCGAUGGACGGUGGAUAUAAUGAAUAAAUGGACGAUACCUUGAUGCAUGGACCAUUCACAUUAUAAUGAUUUGUGCAUUUGGGGGCGGCGUCGUCGUUCUUCACGUCUGGCAGCUUGGCGUUGAUUACCGGUAAAAGCUGCUUUUCCUUUUCCAGGUUUUUGCAUUAGACUAGAUGGUACCGGACUGGUCUUGUAGGCUUCUCUUAAGGGUGUCAUCUGCAAUGAGGUUUUGGGGAUGCCUCGAGCUUCAGAUCCGGUAUAUCGUAGAUGCAUAGAGCAUAGAUGGGAUGCAUCUAGAGGCAUAAAACGAUACUUCCUGAUGGAGGUUGUAUAAUAGACUAGUUCAUAUUGUUCAAGCUUUCGUCUUAAAGAACCAACACCACUCCUCUUUAUAACUGUCAGGUUUGUGUAGAGUAAUGACAAACGUAUGAUUACAAUGCACGAUCGUAAGGUUGUUGGUUGGGAGUCGUGAGGAGUUCGUCAAGAAAAGGUAUCUACAGAUACG